GUCUCUGGCUUUCGAAAGUAUAGGCAAGAGAAAAUUCAACUCUGACUUUAAUUCAACAUAAUUUGUUUCGUUGAAACAAAAACAAAUGUGAUCAAACAUAAAUGUUAUCGUUUGUGUUCUCUAAUAUUGGAAAUUCAUUUGGAAAAAAAUUCGCGUAUUUGUGAAAGUUUUAUUUUUUUGAUUUUGUUGUGAGUGAUUAAAAGAAGUGAUUCUAAUUUUAAUUAAAACAGGAAAUUUUUAAUCCCAAUAUUAUUAGUGUUUUAAAUCUUUUUUAAAAAGUUUUUAAAAACGAUCUGUUUGUCUUAACAUAAAUGAUUAUAUAUAGUUUAUAUAUAGUUACGAUAUUUUUUGCAAUAAACAUACUAAAAAACGUGUCUUAUUAUUACUUAUUUUUAAUUAAAUUUAUUUUCCUCUUUAUUUCAUUUAUACAUAUAAAAUUGUUUUCUCGAAUCGAUAAUAUGUUAGUGUAAUAUUCACUUAUAUACAAAGAAAUUGGAAGAAAUCGAUCAUAAAAAUUAAUCAAAGAAUUGUUUUCUUUAAAAUUUUAUACAGAUAUUAUUCCCAAUAAUGAAUUAAAAAAAAUGAAAUGUUAAUAAAGUUUUGUGAUAGAAUCCAUGUUACUCGUGACAAUGACAUUUGUAUAUCAAAUUAAUAAGAUUAACGAGAUAUUACAUCACGAAUAUUGAAGAUUCAUGCUAAAAUUUAGAGUCUAACGCUAAUAUGUAAAUAUAUGUAUCUAGCAUGUAAAUUUCAAUUUUAAUUUCUCGUGAUCUUUUCGAUAAAUAUUUUUCAAAUAUUUUUUCGUUCUUUGAUUUAUUUCUUUUUGUUAUUUUUAAAAAUAUAUUUCUAUCGUUGUUAUAAUUUUUGUCUGCCUCUUGAAAAAUAAGUCAAAUAUAAUUUUAUUACCAAAAUCACCAGUCAUCAUCGUUAGUUAUUAUCUCGUGUAAACACGAGAAAAAAAAAUUUUCUAACGAGUAUAUUCUGUUUUUCCAUUUAUCAAAAAGUGAAACGUCAGCAUUACCCCCACUUUGACUCCCACCUUAGCGUUCACAAUUAAAUAAUAACAAUGACAUCUCGAUUUUCCGAGCAUCAACUCUCAUUCAAUAUCGAAUCAAUCAUGAAUCAACAAGUGAUCCGAUAACACUUUUCCAAAUCAAUGUUCAAUUUUUCAACGAUUCUAAGUGAAUUCAUAUAUAAAUAUAAAUAUAUAUAAAUUUAAUGUCAUAAUUAAAAUUUAUAUAAAAAUCAGAUUCUCUUAGUUUAGAAUCAUCGAAGGUGAUUGAAGAAGAAAAAGAAGAAUUACUGAGCUCAAUUCUCGUAGCUCAGAAUCAUAGGAGUUGAUUUAAAGAAGAGAAGGAGGAUUAAAUUGAAAAGAAACGUCGUCACAAUGAGAUUGCUAUUAUCCAUUUGUCUGGUGAUAUUAACGUGUGGUUGGUGCGAUGGUUUGCGAAUUCUUGCCCUAUUUCCAAUAACCGGAAAAAGCCACUGGAUAAUGGAGGAACGGCUGAUGAUAAAAUUGGCGGAACGUGGUCAUCACGUGGACAUUUACACUCACUUCCCCACGAAAAAUCCACCAAAGAAUUACAAUCAAUAUUCAUUGGAGGGAUCGUUAGAAAUCGCGGUGAAUAACAUUACCAUGGAUAAUGUAACGAACUUUGAAAAAGCGAAUUUGGCAAUGUUGAGCUAUAUGACGGGUGAUCAAUUGUGCGAUCUAAUGAAACAUCCUCACUUUCAAGAACUGAUAAAAAAUCCUCCUAAGGAACCAUACGAUCUUAUCGCGACGGAGUUGUUCAUGUCACCGUGCUAUUUGGUAUUCGGCACUUAUCUAAAAGCACCCGUGGUUGGUAUGAUCACUUCCAGUUUCAUAGAUUGGAUAAACCACAGAGUGGGAAAUCCGAUAAAUUUAGCCAUCACGCCCGGUUUAUUCACUUCAUUCACGGAACGGAUGACUUUCUGGGAAAGAUUGCAGAAUACCUUCAUAACCAACAUGAUCAUGAUGGAAACUGACUAUUAUGUAAACAAGCAAAAAACUUACGUGAAACAAUAUAUGGAUAUAGACAUAGAGAUACCUGAACUGUACAAAAAUCUGGCGCUCAUCCUUGUCAACUCUCAUCACAGUGUAACAGGUGUCACUACUAAGACUACUGGAGUCAUCGAGGUUGGAGGAUUACACGUCAAAGAGAACGGAGAUCCUUUGACACCGGAAAUGGAAAAAUGGUUGAACGAAAGUACGCACGGUUGCGUGUAUUUCACGUUCGGCUCGAUGGUGAGGAUCGAGACAUUCCAUAAAUCCCUCCUGGAAACAUUCUACAAAGUUUUCAAGAGGAUCGCGCCUGUUCGAGUAAUGAUGAAAGUCGCGAAAAAGGAAGAUCUACUUCCUGGACUGCCAGAGAACGUGAUGAUACAACCUUGGUACCCUCAAAUAUCCGUUCUCAAACACAAAAAUCUGAAAGCGUUUAUCACGCAUGGAGGACUAAUGGGAACGCAAGAAGCGAUCUACUUCGGAAUCCCAGUGAUUGGAAUCCCACUUUUCGGCGAUCAAAAGUUGAAUCUUCAAAACAUGGCUAGGAAAAAUGUAGGUGUGAAUCUUGGCUCGUUCAAUAAUGUCACGGAAGAGAACUUGUACAAUGCACUUAAAAGUGUUCUGGACGAUAAAAAAUACAAAUCGAAUAUGCAAAAAUUGUCGGAACUAUUCAAGGACAGACCAAUGACCGCCCUUGACACUGCCGUUUAUUGGGUAGAAUACGUGGCGAGACAUGGACACAUCCUACAGUCAUCGGCCAUAGACCUCAACAUGUUUCAACAGAGUCUUUUAGACGUUUAUGGAUUCAUGGCUCUGAGUGUGGUGACAGUUCUCUAUCUUGUCAUUUUCUUGAUACGAAAAACGAAGGACUUUGUAUUCGAACAUAAAUCUUGUCCUUUCGAAAAAAAUCAAUCCGAAGAAGAAGAAUCGAAAAAGAUAAAGUGAAUCCUUUUAAAUAUGUAUCUAAGAAUAUACAUUGUGUAUAAAUGUAUGUAUCGUUUUAUAUAUGAUUUUAUAUGUUAUUUACUUUUUUACACUUAUAUAAAUAUAUUUAUUUAUGUAAAUAGUAAUUAGUAAAAUAUUCGAAUGUUUUAUAAAUAUAUAUUAAUUGAAAUUUCGAUUAA